CUUGGUCGAGCAAAGUCGUGCGCGUUCUCCAAUUUUUUUUUUGUAAAAAAAAAAAAAAAAAACAUCAAACCGCGAUCUUUUUUCUCCUCUCGUUUCUGUUCUUGUGCCCUGGUCCCUUUUUUUAUUUUGGAACAAAAACUGCCUGGAUAUCGACUUUACAUUUCGACGAUCCGUCUCAUCUCGCAUUCAUCACCUAGGACGAGUCGGUCGAGUGUUUAUCUUCGUCAUUCGCUCUGAAACAGCCCGUCAUUUUGCCGCUAAGAAGAUGCAGAAUUCGAUCGUGUUUAUUUCGUUCGUGAUGGUGGCCGCCUGCUGUUUGUUGGCCGAUGCGGCGCCGCAAGACUUGGGAUCGCCGAUCCGCAUCGCCCAGUGCCGUGCCCUCUGCUUGGACAAGUUUGUCCGCAACGAUCGCCACGAAACGCUCUGCCAACAGGAUCCCGACUGCUUCACGUGCUGGGAAAACUGUGGACUAUUGCAAGACAAUCCAACCGUCUGGUCUCGCAUCUGCAACCAACCGAGUGUUUGCUUCCCUGGCUGUUUGCAGGCUUGCCAGUUCUUCCAGAACGCGGAUCUACCGCAGAAGGAUCCAGUGAUGCCGACCUCUGCCGAGCCGAGCGUCCAACUCGUUGGCAACUUGGCCACCUGGCCCCGUCCGUCUGAGCGUUCAUCCAACUCGAAACGCGAGAAGGAGCGGCUCGUUUACGCCGUCAUCCAGAAGCAGAGUUCGGGACGUUGGCGUCAAAUCAUCCAGACUGCGGAAGAACGUUGUUUCCUCCCAUCUGGCGAGACUCCCAGUUCAGCUGCCGGCAACCUCCGCGUCCUCGCCGUCGGCGGACGCGGUCUGGUGGCUCUCUACCGCCCCGAACACGAAGAUUCCAGCACGGAAAACGCCAUCGCCGCUCCGCUGCCCGCCUCUGACGUCGUCGUCGACACGGACUCAACUGGCCAGCAACCGUUUGAGCUGUCGCCCGAAGAAAAAUUGGCCGCUCAAGUUGAAAUCGUGUCCGUGUCUCCAGCAUCGCCGUGGAAACUCAGAGAAGUCUCGCUGAUCCACCAAAAGGUUUUGGUCAUCGCCGAAGUCGCCUGGCCCGUCCAGCGCUCAUCCGACGGACAAUCCAGCGAUUACUUGGUCACUUGGGAGGUCGAUGGCGGCGGUCUCAAAGGCCAUCUCUACACUGACGCCACUUCGGUGACCCUCUCUUUGUGGCCCGACACCGUCUACCACAUCCAAGUUGACUUGGUGACGGCCACAUCGGAUGCCAUCCAGAUGCGUUCCGCUCCGUUGACCAUCGACACCCACAAAGCGCCCGGGGUGGUCCAGUCGGAUGAAGCCAGGCCUUUGCCCGCUGCUCCGCUCAUUGAUCGGCUUCCAUCAUCGUCCGGCAGUAGCAGCGGAUCAGGCCGGCGACUAGAAGCCACGGUCGGCGUCGGUGCAGCUGCUGGCGUCUCUUUAUUUCUAUUGGUUUUGGCCACCGCCAUCGGCAUCCGUCGGCACAGGAGGGCCAGCAUGCGCCUCAGUGAAUCUCCGUCUGCAUCGCCAUUGCCCCGUCAUCACCACAGACCGAGCACCAUCGAAAGCCUGGCCGUCGUCAAGACGAUCGACGGUGAUCGUGUGCCUUAUCACACGAUGCAACCGCCUUGCGCUGUGCACAGCCUGGAACAUUGUUUAUUCCCGUCUCGAACUCAUCGACUUCCUGCCCUUCAUCAUUAAAAAAUAUUUGCCCAAAUCAUUUUCAUUUGUUCCCAGAAAUAAUCCCAUUUGUCUCCUUGAAGAGUUUCACGCCCUUUUUCAAUUCUUUUAACUCUUUCUCUCUCUCUCUCUCUCUCUCUCUCUCUCUCUCUCUCUCUGAUGUAAAUAAGCCAAAAUUGUACAAACUGUAAUGUAUAUUUCUCAAUGUGUUUUCGUGUCUCCUUCAUUGCAAUGAUUUUUCGUUUGAAUUCUCUCGCGAAAUUGAACGUUCUUUUGGCAACCCGUUUUCCAAUUCAUUUGACAGUCUACAUAACUCGUAUAAAUAAAUAUAUAUAUAUUUAUGUAUAUCUCCUAAAAUCUAAAAAAAAAAAAAAGCAAAACAAUCCGCCCCCCCUUUACCUUUUUACCCUCUCGCUGUGUGUCCGUCGUCUGUUGUGCGUGUCUUUUGUGCGAACUAUGUCGUGUAAAUACAAAAAAAAAAGGCUCAAGGUUUCCAAAGAACCUUUGACAAAAUCAA